AAAAAAAUCGAGAGAGUUCCCGAUAAGAUAAAUGAUUUGUAGGAGUAUAAAAUUCAAUUCGCCACAGCAGUUGUAAGUUAUUUUUAAAAGCAUUCACAUUUGGAUUACGUCGGAAGAAGAACCUGGACAUGACUGUGAUCAAAUUUGUGGUAAUUGGAGUACUUUUGGGGCUCCUGGCCGUAGCAAGAGGUUCCCCUCUGAAUGACCCCAGUUCAAGGAUAGUUGGUGGCUCUGAUGCGUUCCCAGGGCAAUUUCCUCAUAUUGUCUCCCUGCGAACACCCACGUAUGCACACUUCUGCGGUGGAAGCCUCGUUUCCGUUUCUUGGGUGCUUACGUCUGCCCACUGCACACUCGGACGUGCCAAUGAUGGUGUGAUUGUAAUUGCCGGAAGUGUACAUCUCAGUGAAGGUGGUGAGGAGCGUCAAAGUCAGCGUAUAGCUAAUCAUCCCUACUUCAAUGCCAACACCAUGGCGUACGAUAUCUCUCUCAUUCAUACUGUGACAGCAUUUCCGGUUACAGCACACAUCUUCCCCAUUGCCAUGGCUAACUACACACUCCCAGCUGGUAUAACAGGCGUCCUCUCGGCAUGGGGACACACUUCCUACCCAGAUGGCGAGUUGAAUGACAAUCAGCAAUGGCUGUUUGUGAAGACGAUCUCCUUGGAUGAUUGCAGAUCACGCGUCCCGGAAAUAGAUCGUCCAUUUGUACAUGAUAACACCCUCUGUACGGCACGCGAAAAUCCCGGACUUGGUCUAUGCCUUGGCAAUUUGGGUGGUAGCAUUCUUGUUGGCAAUGCCAUCGUAGCUGUUUCCUCGUGGCAUCUCGGCUGUGCCAUUGGAUACCCAGACAACCACGCCCUAGUAUCAGCACACAUCCCCUGGAUUCACACCACAAUGAUGGGAGGCUAAGCAAUAAAUUAAACUUUUUUCCCCCA